GUAUGAUCUACGCGAACAACAAAUGAACUACUAAUUUACUAAACCACAAAACGUGAUAAAUAAAAUUAGACAAUGGUCUUUACAACAGCAAUAAAUUUUAUAAGAAGCAGGGGGCCUGAUGAAUUUUGGAGAAAACGAAAAAUAUUCCGACUUGCUGCCCACUAUAUCGGUCGAAGACGUAACUGUUACAGUGUCACAAUUAAAAUAGUUCAUCGUGCAUUAGUUUACGCUACAAAAGGAAGGCAGCUUCGUAAAGACGACAUUCGGAAUUUGAGAGAUACGAGAAUAACGGCAGGUUGUGAACAGCACGAUAUACAACCUCAUGAGUUUAAGGAAGGUUUAACACGAUGCAAUAUUCUUUUAAAUCGUAAAUCAUUGGCAGAUUUGGCUGCUUGGGAGCCUCAUAGCUUCAAAGCGUUAACGGAUAUAGCAAAACAAAGGCUUGUUGAUGACGAAAUAAAGCAACCAAAAUAAGUGUCAUUCAUCGUUUAAUAGAUAAACUGUUAGCUACAAGUGUUCUUUGACUGCCCUUUCCAUAUUAGAAAUAAUACAAUUUACAUAAACAAUUUAUUGAAAACUUCUUAACAGUCGAACAAAGCUAUACACGUUACAAAUGCAUCCGAUGAAAAUAAUGAAACGCAUCGAAAGCACUAGAUAAUGCUUUGAAAUAUGGAAACCUUAAAAGUAACUUGUCCUACAUGGUAAACUAA